AUGACAAAUAAGGUAUACGAUAGUCCAAAUGAAGUAAGUAGAAAAAACCAAAACAAAGCAAGUGACAUAAGUGAUGUAGAACAGGAAACUUGGGUAAAUAAAGCAGGUCAAGAAAACGAAGAAAAUAAGGCCAGUAAAGCAAGUAAAGGAAGUGAGAGCUCUUUUGAAGCGUUAAGUCAUAAUAGAGAAGAGACAAAUAAUUUAGAUGUAAUUUCAGUAAAAUAUCCACUGGCACGUCAUCUUCUUUGUAUUUGGUAUAUAAAAGAGAAUCUCAAAAAAGCACUUCGUAGAAAAUUGGGUAAUUCAUUUGCAGAUUUUUAUUCUGCAUUUUGGAAAUGCCGAAAUGCUGAAACUCCUGAUGCACGUGAGUUUACGAUGAUGCUAUUUACGCUUGAAAUUGAGUCAAUAUCAUUCAUGGAAAACCAGAAUGCUUGUAUAAAACAUGUUCUUGAAAACAAUAACACCUCUCUUUAUGAACUUGGUAAGGUUAUGAUGAAUCAUGUUGAAGAACGGCUGAAACAAAAACAAUAUGAAGCUUGGAUAUGUAGUAUUCCUUCAACAUCAAAUACUGUAACAGUCUUUCCAACUAUUGAAGCACUUAUUAGGUGUUAUUUACGGCCAAAUAUUAUACAAUAUUUGCUUAAUCAAAUAAAAGAAAGCGAUAAAGAUCUAAAGGAUGAAUUGGAUAGUAUAUCUAUAUGUGCAAAAUUUCUUUUACAACAAUUAGACUAUUCUAGCAUUGUUGAAAUUUGGAAUAUUUCACAGAUUACAAGUCAUAAUAUAAAUCAUAUUGUGUUUUGUCUAAAAAAUGGGGCAUACUGUUGUAUAUGUUUACUUCAACAAAAAAAAGAGCUUAUUCCUAAAGAAUCUCAUCAGGAUGUAGUAGUGGAAAAGAAUAAGGAGAACAUAAAAAACAAAAGUCCAAGUUUUAAUUGGAUUCAGCCAUUUCAUGAUAUGAAUGAGCAAGAAAACAAUACAAAUGAAGGUUUUGUUGAUGAACUAUUAUUUUAUGGAAGAGUAUUGCAUCAUGAUGAGAAAUUUAUUAAGAUUAUUAAAAACUAUUUGGCAAAUGAUGAUUCAAAUAAAGAAAAUGAGUUAAUGAAUGUUCAACUUAGAAAUCCACGAAAAGUAAUUACAAGAGACAGACCAAAAUCCGUAAGUCAUCAUAACAAUGAGACAAAUAGGAUGAAUAAAAAUACAAUGCAAGAAUUGACAACACAUAGAAAGAGAAAAAGGGGUCCGAAUCUUUGUAGUAACUGUAAAAAACCAGGUUAUAAUAUUGCUAAGUGUUCUAAAAAAGAUAUAGAGCAAACAAGUGAGGAAAAGACAGAAGAAGAGACGAAGUAA